CGAUCAACUGGUUUAUAAUUCUUUACUACCUUUUUUGCUUCUUUCAUUUUUGCGCUUCGAUGGACAGCCCUCAGCGGCCGGCUUUGCCGUAUACCAUUGGACAACAACGCACCCUUACCAGUUCAAAAUCAAUCACUCAUGCUAACACCACAAAGUUAUCCGGCCCAAUGCAACCGUCCCGAUCAGCGUUGCUGGAAACCACCAACCGCCGAGAUUCCCACUCCACACAGUCCAUGUCCAUGUCGAAAUCAGCCGUAGCAUCUAAAAACAGCGAAAAUGUCAAAGUGACCGUACGCUGCCGCCCCAUGAUUGGCAGAGAAUCAGCAAGCAAAACAGACAACGCCUGGGAAGUGUUGCCAGAACAAUCGAAAAUCCGCCUGGCUGAAACAGCACGCCGCCAGGGCAAACUUCCACUGGAAUACAGUUACGACCAUGUGUUUUCUGGAAGUAAAAAUAUCGAUCUAUACGAUGCUAGUGUGCGUGAACUAGUAAAUCAAGCAAUGAACGGAUACCAUGCCACGGUGUUUGCCUAUGGACAAACAGCCAGUGGCAAAACUUAUACUAUGGUAAGCACUGAUGCGGAGCCUGGUGUUAUCCCUCUGGCAGUGGAUAACGUGUUUGAGUACAUCAAGCAGGCUGUAACCAAAGAAUUUCUGCUCCGUGUAUCCUAUCUUGAAAUUUACAACGAAAGCAUUCGAGACUUGCUUGCACCCGAAAACACAGACCUGAAAAUUCGGGAAGAUCGGAGGAGAGGCUUUUUUGUGAGCCCAUUGACAGAAGAAGUCGUGACAUCGCCUCAAGAUGUCCUAAAGGUGAUUGAAAAAGGCGAAGCCAAUCGUCACAUCAGCACUACCGACUAUAAUCUUCACAGCAGUCGAAGCCAUACCAUCUUUCAAAUGGUGAUUGAAAGCAGGGAACGAUCCAGUGCUAGUAUGGCGCUCAACUCUAUUUCACGAAGAAAUUCAUUCCAGCAGCAGCGUGAAGCGACCAAGAUAUCACAACUCAAUUUGAUUGAUUUGGCUGGUUCGGAAAAAGCAGUGUCAAAUCAUGACCGACGGAAAGAAGGGGCUUAUAUCAAUAAAAGUCUAUUAACUCUUGGUAUUGUCAUUGCCAAACUGACUGAACCUAACCAUGGAAACUCUCACAUACCCUUUCGCGAUUCCAAGUUGACCCGAAUUCUUCAGACCGCUUUAUCAGGGCAUGCAAAGGUAGCCGUCAUCUGCACCAUCAGCCCCGCUAUUACUUCUCUCGAAGAGUCCAACAAUACCCUAAAGUUUGCCGCACGUGUCAAGAAGAUUGUGAUCUCUGCUAAAAAUGACGCUGUGAUGGAUGACAAGGCAUUGAUUCAAAAGUACCGUGGAGAAAUUGUAGAGCUUAAAACAAAGCUGGAGACAGCCAAUGAUGUACUGGAACGGGAAAAGAAGCAUACACAAUCUAUAUUAUCAGCAGAAAGGCAACAGCAUGAACAGCAAUUAAAGCAAAUGCAGCACGUGCGCGCGGCGUUGAAAGAACGAAUCGAUCACUUAACACGACUCAUUCUCACCUCUUCGUCGGUGGUGAGCCAUGAUCAGAUAGCGUCUGAUACCUUGGAGACGUCCCGUUUGACCGAGCAUGCCAUGAAAGCUUCAGGGCAAGAUCCUUGGUCACUGGUUCGCAAUCUGGAGCAACAACUGAAAGAAGCUCAACUCGGUCGGCAAGCGGCAGAGAAGCAAUGGAUGGAAGAGAAAAGGCAACUUCAAGAAAAGAACGCUCAACUUGAGGCUGAAUUGAGUAUUUUGAAAACCGAGCUUCACGUCAUGCGGUUUAUGACCCAUCGUACUGAUCAACCCGAUUCCCAACCCUGAACUACCAAGUAGAUAACCUAUACAUAAUUCAUUCUGUACACUGUUUUUAUAUACAACAAUAUACCUUUGCAACGUACUCUUAUUUUGUUCAAAGCAUCACCGCAUACAGUAAUAUGGUUUCCAGGGCUAAACCAGUUUCACUGUUGCUUUAUCGAUGCACGUGUUGAUUU